AUGCUUUUAAACAGCAGUGAGACUUCGCAGCCCUGUAGAGGAAGAAGCUCAUCCCCGUCGCCACGCCACGCCACCCGACCGAUUAUGGACUUGGCGUCGUCGUCGUCAUCAAGCGCUCGGGCCCAUCCCCAACGCCGCCAUGCUCCUCUGCUGUUGCUACGGCUACUGCUGGGCUGCUGCUGUUGCCUCCUGUGCCUGGUGCCGUCGUGCCGGGCGCAGGAGAAGGAGUACAGCGUGAAGGAGGAGCUGCCGGAGAACGUGCGCAUCGGCAACCUCCGCAAGGACCUGGACCUGGCGCUGGACCCGGCCCUCAAGCUCUCCUCGCCGCUGCAGUUCAAGCCCGUCUACAAGACGGGCGACGUUCCCCUGGUGCGGGUGGAGGCCAACACCGGCGAGAUCUUCACCACGUCUAACCGCAUCGACCGCGAGAAGCUGUGCUCGGGCGUGUUCGGCGAGCGCCAGUGCUUCUUCGAGAUCGAGGUGGCCGUGCUGCCCGACGAGAUCUUCCGCCUGGUGAAGAUCCGCUUCCUCAUCGAGGACGUCAAUGACAACGCACCCUUGUUCCAGUCCACGGUGAUCAACAUCUCCAUCCCGGAGAACACGGCCAUCAACAACCGCUACCCUGUGCCCUCCGCGUUCGACCCCGACGUGGGGAUCAAUGGGAUCCAGCACUAUGAGCUUGUCAAGAGCGUCAGCGAAUUCGGCCUGGACAUCAUCGAGACCCCGGAGGGUGACAAGUGGCCUCAGCUCAUCGUCCAGCAGAGCCUGGACCGUGAGGUCAAGGACACCUUCGUGAUGAAGAUCAAAGUGGAGGACGGCGGCACGCCUCCCAAGUCCAGCACGGCCAUCCUGCAGGUCACCGUGUCGGACGUGAACGACAACCGGCCCGUCUUCAAAGACAGCGAGGUGGAGGUCAGCAUCCCGGAGAACGCGCCCAUGGGCACGUCGGUCACGCAGCUGCACGCCACCGACGCCGACCUGGGCGCCAACGCGCAGGUCAGCUUCUCCUUCAGCAACCAGAUCUCACCCUCCACCCGGCGGCACUUUGCCAUCGACAGCCGCACCGGAUUGAUCACCGUCAAGCAGCCCCUGGACCGCGAGGUCACCCCCGUGCACAAGCUGAUCGUGCUGGCGAGCGAUGGCAGCGCCACCCCCUCCCGUGCCACUGUCAUUGUAAAUGUCACAGACGUUAAUGACAACGUUCCGUCCAUAGACACCCGUUAUAUAAUAAACCUGGUGAAUGGCACUGUUCUUUUGUCCGAAAACGCUCCGCUGAACACAAAGAUAGCUCUAAUUACCGUGACUGACAAAGAUGCUGAUCUAAAUGGAAAAGUGACGUGCUACACGGACCCAGAUGUACCUUUCCGCUUGAAGCCUGUGUUUAACAACCAGUUUCUGCUCGAGACGGCGGCCCCUCUCGAUUAUGAAACCACCCGGGAGUACGCAAUUAGGAUAGUUGCCUCUGAUUCGGGAAACCCUCAUCUGAACACGUCUGCGAUGGUGCUCAUAAAAAUCAAAGAUGAGAACGACAAUGCGCCAAUUUUCCCUCAGCCCGAGAUUCAGAUCUCCAUACCUGAGAACAACGACCCCUCCACUCAGCUGAUGAAACUCAGUGCCACGGACGCAGACAGCGGGCAAAAUGCAGAGAUCAUUUACACUCUGGGCCCUGACGCCCCUGAUGGAUUUAGCAUAGAUCGGCGCUCUGGGAUUCUGCUGGUGAACAAAAGGCUCGACAGGGAGAAGCAUGAAAAAUACACCUUCACCGUCAUCGCCCGGGACAAUGGAUCCACCUCCCUGCAGAGCAACGUCACAGUGAGACUGAUAGUCCAAGAUCUGAACGACAACAGCCCGGCUUUCACUCACCCCGAGUACAACUUCUACGUGCCGGAGAACCUGCCGCUCUACGGCACGGUGGGAUUGAUCACCGUGACGGAUGCCGACGCGGGGGACAACGCCGUAGUCACCCUCUCCAUCCUGAACGCCAAGGACAACUUUGUCAUCGACCCCAAAACAGGUGUGAUCAAGCCCAACAUCACGUUCGACCGUGAGCAACAGAGCUCGUACACAUUCAUGGUGAAGGCGGUGGAUGGGGGCCAGAAGCCCAGCACGUCCUACGCCAAGGUCACAAUCAACGUCGUGGACGUGAAUGACAACCGGCCCGUGUUCGUCAUCCCUGCCUCCAACAACUCCUUUGACCUUGUCCCCUCCAGCACCAGCCCGGGCUCGGUGGUCACCCGUGUGUUCGCCAUUGACAAUGACACAGGCAUGAACGCCGAGCUGCAGUACAGCAUUAUUGGCGGCUCGCAGAGAGGACUGUUUUCCAUCGACAAGAACACUGGGAAUAUCACGCUGCAGGAAAAAAUAGUCUCCGUUGACCAGGGCUUACACAGACUGGUGGUGAAAGUCAGAGACCAAGGUCAACCGGAGUCCCUGCAGGCCAUCGCCUUAGUUCACCUGUUUGUGAACGAGACCAUGUCCAACGCCACCUACAUUUACGAGCAGGUGCGCAAAAGCAUGGAAACCCCGCUGGACCGCAACGUCGGCGAGAGCGAGGUGCAGCCUCAGGCCAGCGGCUACGUCAUCGUCGUCAUCGCCAUCAUCGCGGGGACAAUGACGGUCAUCCUGGUCAUCUUCGUCACCGCGCUGGUGCGCUGCCGGCAGACGCCGCGGCACAAGGUGGUGCAGAAGGGCAAGCAGAGCGGCGAGUGGGUGUCGCCCAACCAGGAGAACCGGCAGAUCAAAAAGAAGAAGAAGAAAAAGAAGAGGUCCCCCAAGAGCCUGCUGCUUAACUUUGUCACCAUCGAAGAGUCCAAGCCUGACGACCCGACGCACGAGCACAUCAACGGCAAGCUCGACCUGCCCGUGGAGCUGGAGGAGCAGACCAUGGGCAAGUACAACUGGGCCACCACCCCCACCACCUUCAAGCCCGACAGCCCCGAUUUAGCCAAGCACUACAAAUCCGCCUCCCCUCAGCCCACCUUCCAGAUCAAACCGGAGACCCCCGUCGCGCCCAAGAAGCACCAUGUCAUUCAAGAGCUCCCCCUGGACAACACGUUUGUGGUGGGCUGCGACACGCUCUCCAAGUGCUCCUCCACCAGCUCUGAUCCGUACAGUGUCUCGGAGUGCAGCUGUCAGGGGAGCUUCAAGACUUCUGGGCAAAUCCACACCAGACAGAAUCAAAGUUCAACUCCGGACAAGGCAUUCAGCGCUGUGCCCCAGGCAUGCCCUCACAAACAGACCCAGAGGCGGGUGACCUUCCACCUGCCCGACGGCUCCCAGGAGAGCUGCAGCGACAGCGGCCUGGGUGGUGACCAGGAGCCCACCAGCACGGCCAGCACCGGCACCCCCCUGCCCCUGGGCUUCCCCGGCCAGGAGGAGUACUAUGAGCAGACCUCGCCCAACAGCCGCACCGAGGGAGACGGCAACUCCGACCCCGAGUCCACCAUCGAAGUGAACCUUGCGAAGGCGUUGGCCGAGGCCUCGGAGACCUGCACGCAGGAGUGCCUGAUCCUGGGCCACUCGGACAGCUGCUGGAUGCCGCCGGCGCUGGCCCAGACGCUGCACACCUCCAGCAGCACCACCGCGCUGCCCUCCUUCGGCUCCUUCCAGCAGGCCUGGGCAGCGGCCACGCAGAGCGCCCCCCACCACCUCCUCCAGCACCCCGCCGCCGGUGGGCUCGCCGGGCACCCGGACGGGCGCCACACCCUCUGCCGCUCCGUGCCCAAGUCGACCGACGACCUGGACAAAGGGAGCAGCCGUCCGCAGUUCUACAACACGCUGGACAGACACUCCUCCAGCAGUAAGAAGGAGGAGCCCGUGAAGGUCAUACCGCUGGCCAGCUUCACGUCGUCGCCGUCGGGUCAGCAGACGCCCACCAACAUGGGGUCCACGGGGUUCUUGCAUGAGCACCAGCUGUAG